AUGGGGUCUGAUCAAAGGGUGGGUCAAAGAGGGCAUGACUUGAAGGGUGUGUUCUCAGCACCCAGCUCUUCUUCCUCUCUGCUUCCUGGCCAACAUGGAGUGAGCAGCUCCCUCCUCCUCCAUGCCAUUUCUGCACUGGUGCCUGCCAACGACGGACUGAACCAAAAUGAACCUGGUAAAUCUCUCAUUUGCCUCAGUGCUUUUCCUCCUCUGGCCUUGCAGCUAGCACUUCGCUGGAAUCCCUGUGACUGGGCACCUCUCCUUCUUCCCCACUGCAGUCCUUUUCCUUCAGUCCCCUGCCCCAGAGUCACUGUCCAUCCGGUCUGCAAGCUUGGCAAAGCCGCAGAGCUCCCUGCUUCACCAGUCCCGGCGGGUGGGGUGGGGUUGUGGAAGGUUGCCUGCGUGGGCAGCGCACACCCCUCGGGUGUGGGGAAAGGACGGGCAAGUAGUCAUUCUCGAUCUGCGUGGCCUCUUCUUUCCCCGGUCCUGCCGCUUCCAGAUGCUGCUUCCUUGCGCAACCCUGAGGAUCCACUUUUCUCGGACCAAUAUUUUCCAAAGGGAAAAAAGAAAGCAAAGAGUUCUCUUCAUUCAUCCUUCUUCAGGCUCCAACUUGGACUUGCAGACAGGCACUUGUGCCUAGUUCUCAGUCAGCGUGAUCCAGCUCCGAAGAUCAGAAGUUUAGAGUGUGAACAAAGACUGAACUCCUUUUGGAAGCUGUGUGGCAGAAUUUGUCUUCUUGCCUUUUCUUGCUUCUGGAGGCUGCCUGCAUUCACUGAACACCAUUUGGUUAAGAGAAGAUUUAUUGUGGGUGUGAUGAUGCCUGAAGAUGUCAUAAUCAAGAUUGAUUUAGACUGCCAUAGCCAGAUUGAAGAUGUAUAAAAGCUAUCAUCACAUUGACAUCAAUAUAUCACAAUCCCCGAAGCACUAAAAAUAACUGCUAUGUGAACAAGUGUGUAACUGUUUUAUUGACAUUGGCCUAUUACUGAAACAUGAAUUUAGAAUUACAA